AUGACAAGUGAAUUUAAUGAUCAUAUUGAAAAAUUUAUUAAUUCAUUGAAUGAAAAUUUACCCGAGAUAUAUUAUCAAGCAUUUGAUUUUUCAAGUGUAAAUGAUAGUCGAACACAGUUAAUGCAAUUGAAUUAUGAUAAAAAUAAAGUAUCAUUUCUUAAUCUUGAAAUGAUUGCGGAUAUGUUUCAAGUAUUUACUGCGGUUCAUAGUGCACUUGAAACAAAUUCAUCAAAAGAUUUUGGUGUUGAAGUACCACAUCGUUUAUCAAAUACAAGAUCGAUUGGUGAUUCAUUGCGAACUUUCGGUGGGUAUGGUAAACCAUAUGUAAUUGUUGUUUCAGUACAUGAUCGUCUUCAAAGUGAAGAAUUAUUUGAAAAAAUUAAUCAGAUUGAAAAUGUAACAAAAAUGACAAAAGAACAAAUGCAACAAUGUAUGACUAAGAAUAUUGAUAAUAUUCGAAGGUAUUAUUUUGGAACGACAAGUGAUCAGGAACAAGCUACUUAUCAAAAUCCAAUUGGAGAAAUUGUUACUAAAAUGGUUUCUUCAAAAAAUGUUUGA